CCCCCCUUCCCAAAUCCCAGCGGGGAUCGCUCGGUUCCCACUGCCGGGAGCAGCCCUUCUUUCCCAGCCGGCCCCCUUGGGGGAUGAGGGUUCAAAGCGCGGUUCUUUAAGACCAGGUUUAUUGAAAUCGGGGCUGCCGACUUACGAGAAAGUCACUCUCGGAGCAAUAAUUUAAUUUUUAAAGUGUGUUUAUUGAUAAUUCUCUUUUAAGUAGUUUUAUGGGGUUUUAUGGCCGUAGGAAAAUCAGUUGUUAUCUUUGGCUGCCACCCAGACGGAGUGAAAUCACUGGAUCAUAAAUAAAAGGUGUUAAUGAGCUCCGUUAUUACAAGCUGAUGAUUUAAUGCCUUACAUGGAUCAAAGCCAGCUGAAAGCACGGAGGACUGAUCCAGUCCUAAGUAUUUGUCCUUUUCAUUCUCUGGGUUAGGGCAGAAGGGCAGUUUGAUUUGGGCAGAAGAUGUAAAUGCUGCUUAUUCUUUGAUUAACCUCGUGGAGUUGAUUUGACCUAGUUUUUUGUUUGAAAAUAGAGUGAUCUUUCCCUCUCUGUGUCUUUAGCUCCACUGAUCCAGCAUUUCCCUAAUGAUUUCCAUGAAUGAAGAGGAUUUGGCUGAUGUGUAACUGGUUUAUGUCCCCGCCUGACACCAGCGAAGGAGGUUGGCCACUGCUGGGAUAGAAAGGCUGACCUGGUGAAUCUAUAACAUGAGUCCUGAUCCAUAUGUCGCUGUGAAAUACCAAAAAUAUGCUGUGAUGACCUCCUUUGCCAACGUACCAGGUUCUUUGUAAGGUAGCUGCAUCUGAAGAAAUCCCCAGUGGCCUUGCGUCAUGCUGAGUUACAACAUGGGACAUUGUUUCGUGGGACGGGGAGCCAUGAUUCCAAGGAAGCUGAAGCCAUUUCUCUGCAGGAUGUUGUCGGGUUACAAACCCAAAAACGAUGUCCAGGACUCUUACAAAAUUCUGGAGCUGGAGGAAGGAUGUUCCCUCGAUGACGUCAGAAACUCCUACUGCAAUCUUGCCAAAAAAUACCACCCGGACAGCAGCUCCGGCAUGGCCGAUUCCGGCACCUUCAUAAGGGUGGAGGAGGCCUACAGGGUUGUGCUCAGCGACCUGGCAGGCAAACAGAAACCAGAGCCCGGCGAGGAGGAGGAAGACCAGUUCAAAUCCAAGUCCCUGCAGCACAGACACUACCUGAGCUUCGAGGGCGUGGGCAUCGGCACGCCGAGCCAGCGGGAGAAGCAGUACAUGCAGUUCCGCGUGGACCGCGCCACCGAGCAGGUGCUGGAGUACCGGCAGCAGCGGCUGGAGAGCCGCUACGCCGGCAGCGACCUCAGCAGGGCCAAGGACGUGCGGCAGAGCAAGAAGGUGAAGAUAACUCAGGCGGUGGAGCGGCUGGUGGAGGACCUCAUCCAGGAAUCCAUGGCCAAAGGAGACUUCGACAACCUCAGCGGCAAAGGGAAGCCUUUGCAGAAGUUCUCGCACAGCCCCCACAUCGACCCCAUGACCCACAACCUGAACAGGAUCCUCAUCGACAACGGCUACCAGCCCGAGUGGAUCCUGCUGCAGAAGGAGAUCCGGGAGACCAUCGAGCGGCUGAGGAAGAGCAUCGUGGCCUCCAGGAGGAAGCUCGGGGAGCCGAUGACGCUGUCGAAACAGAAGCAGUGGGGUCGGAUUUGCGAGCAGUUCGCAGAAGACAUCAGGAAAUUAAACAAGAGAGUCGACAACUUCAACCUGGUGGUGCCCAUCCUGAGCAGGCAGAUGGUGCAUUUCAGCACCGACAAGGAAAUGCUCCGAGCACGAAAGGUUUACGAGGCUGUCGUGGAAAAGGUUUCUGAUUCAGACAGGAAGGAAAGCAGUGGGGAAGAGGGCAAAAGAUUUGGGUGGAAGUCUUCUCUCUUGAAAUGGUUAAAACUUACACCGAAAUAAUUUCAUACUAAUUCCUCUUGUCAAGGUUUUGAAUGCACUUUAUUAAUUAAAUGUAGCGCUAGAGAAAUUUCAGGGUCACUGAAAAUGUCAAAUCCACACUGUUAGCCUACUUGAAGGAAAUUUGGCUGUGUGAUAAGCAUUUGCAUUAUAAAUAAUUAUUUUUAAAUAUUAUUAAAUGGAAUGUGCCAGUU